GAUUGACCGCCAGCAAGGAAAAGGCAAUUCGUGAACAUUAUAUAUAGGCGGAUUCUCCUUCACUCAUUCAAAUCAAUAGCCAAAUGAAAAUCGAAGAUCGUAUUGUUGGAUCACUGGAAUUGCUGUAAUGUCGUUGAAUGUCGUCGAUUCGAAGGUCAAUGCAUGAGGAGGAUAAGGCACGGAUAAGUUAACAUCAAGAUUUUCUUUAUAAGUUGGACGAUGAGCUUUUUAAGUGAAACGCUGCAUAGCCUGUGUUAGUCGCACAUAACUGACACCUGGAAAUUGGAAUCUGGUUGCGUCUGUAUCACUCUUAGACAGCAGCCAUGUCUGAAGACAAACUGCGCCGCUAUGAGAAGAUGGACUUUCUCGGCGAGGGUCAGUUCGCCACCGUGUACAAGGCGCUCGACCGACAGACCGGCAAGAUUGUGGCCGUCAAAAAGAUCAAGAUGGGCAGUCGCGCCGAGGCCGAGGACGGCAUCAACCGCACGGCGCUGCGCGAGAUAAAGCUGCUGCAGGAGCUGCAGCACGAGAACGUGAUCGGCCUGCUGGACGCCUUCGGCCACAAGUCGAACGUGUCGCUCGUCUUCGACUUCAUGGACACGGACCUGGAGAUCAUCAUCAAGGACAUGACACUGGUGCUCAAACAGUCUGACGUCAAGGCGUACACGCUGAUGACGCUGCGCGGCCUCGAGUACCUGCACAUGAACUGGAUCCUGCACCGCGACCUGAAGCCCAAUAACCUGCUGGUGACCAGCUCUGGCGUGCUGAAGCUGGGCGACUUCGGCCUGGCCAAGUACUACGGCUCGCCGAAUCGGAUCUACACCCACCAGGUGGUGACGCGGUGGUACCGGGCCCCCGAACUGUUGUUCGGCGCCCAGAUGUACGGCACGGGUGUGGACGUGUGGGCGGUGGGCUGCAUCCUGGCCGAGCUGCUGCUGCGCAUCCCCUUCCUGGCCGGCGACUCGGACCUCGACCAGCUCACAAAGAUCUUCAUGGCCAUGGGCACGCCAACCGAGGAAACGUGGUCGGGCGUCACGGCGCUCCCCUCCUACGUCCAGUUCAAGGUGUUCCCCGGCACGCGGCUGCAGGACAUCUUCACGGCGGCGUCUGACGAGCUGCUGGACGUGCUGCGCUCGCUGCUGGCGCUGGACCCGGCGCGGCGCGGCACGUGCGCCAGUGUGCUGAAGCUGCCCUACUUCAGCUCGCGGCCGGCGCCCUCCCCCGGCCACCUGUUGCCGCUGCCGGCCGAGAUAUCGGCACGCAAAAAGGAGGUGGACCGGCCCAGCAUCAAACGAAGGAUUGUCGAGUCGGCGGAGGAGUCCGGAAUGGGCGGACUGGCCAAGAAACUGAUAUUCUGACCACUGUACGGUGUGACAAUGGACCGUGUCUAGGCUGAUUUUGUGACGGGGAGGGCUGGAGCGGAUAUUGUCUCGGUCGAACGAGCAAACUAUCGUGAUACAGUGCCUAUUGAUGUGUUACCACGCCAGUGUUCAUCUCAUGUGUUGUAAUAAAUCGCGUUGUCAAAUUGUUA